AUGAAAAGUAAUUAAGAAUUCGAAGAAGAGGUAGAAAAUUUAAUCAGAGAAGCAGUUUCAAAAAAUAAUACAAUUAUGAGGGAUGAUCUAGAAACUACAGGAAAGUCACCAAAAAAAUAGUUCUUUUAAAAUAGAAAUAAGAUUGAUAUAAAUGAGGCUUGGAGGGAGAUUGAAAAAUUAUUUGAAAAUUUCUCUAUUCAGGAAAAGAAAUCAAUCGAAAAUCCAAUUUUGAGAGAAGAAUAAAAAGUCAUAGAGUAAAUUGAAAUUUUAGAAACACCAUAACCAAAGAUGCAUUCACUUUAGAUAGAAACUACAAGAACUAAGGAACCGAAUGAAGAAAUGGAGAAGGAAAGAAUUAACUGCAUCGUAACAAGAAGGUUUAAGUUUAAUUUGGACUGA